AUGGAUUUUUUGGCGAAAGUAGAUGACGAAGAACUUCAAUGUUCUUUUCUCCAGACCCGACGAAGAAGAUCUGCUAGACAUAGUCUUCUCCCCACUAUAUCCAGUUAUGCCUCUCCCAAUGUAUCAAUUAUCUGCCAUAGCCCUCGGCCUUCCACAGUGAAGUUAUCCAGAAGAGCCAGUCUUCAAAUAAAUUUGAUUCGGACGGAUUUGUCCAAGGAAUUCAGUGACAAAGUCAUUAUGUCUUCUGCUAUUUGCGACUCUCCUACUCAAUGCGGCGACAAAAGCUCCAUGCAGACCUCGGGAAUAGCUGAGGGGUCAAAAACGUCUGAUUCUAAACCUUUGAAUAUCGAUAAUUCUCCUCAGCCUGCGGCGAAAAGGCUACGAUCUGAUCCUAUUACGCCUGAGGAGAAGGAAAGCCGUAUACAGGUUUAUAGUUUUUCACAAAUAUGA